CCCCGCGUCGGCCGUCAUGGCGGACGCGGAGCCGGAGGCUGAGGAUGGCAGCGAGGACGGCGGCGGCGGCGGCGGCCGGGCUCCCCGCGGCCAGAGCGGCAGCGCCGCGCCCGUCGCCCCGCUGGGCCCCGAGCAGCUGCGGCGGGUCCUGGAGCAGGUGACGAAGGCGCAGCCGCCCGCGGAGCCGCCGCCGCCGCCCUUCGUGCUGCAGGACGCGGCGCGGAGGCUGCGCGACGCGGCCCAACAGGCCGCCCUGCAGCGCGGCCCCGGCGCCGAGGCCCCGCGCCCGCCGCGCCUGCUGCCGCCGCAGCAAUUGGAAGCCAUUUGUGUCAAGGUAACAUCCGGAGAGACGAGAGGUCAGGAAAAGCCGAUGCCUGCGCUGGCCACCCUCCAGCCCACGUCGGCCAGGCCGGGCCAGACACCCAGGAAGCAGUGCAGCGUGUUGGGGCUCAGCGUUGCCAGCUCUCAGCUGCUCAGGGCGCAGCCCCUGCCGAGCGCCGGGCCACAGCCUUGUCUCCUGAGCCACUCACCGCAGCCUCCUGUUCAGGUGUUUGUACGGCGGCCCCUGCCCGCCCUCCGACCAGUCCCUGCCAAGAGAGUCUUGGUCAUGGAGGCUCCAAGUGGCCAGGAUACCACGGUGGCCCCACCGUCAGCCUCUGACCCGCCAACAGCAACGCCUGUUCCAUCCAGUUCAGCAAAUGUAUCUAUUCCCAGCUCGCAUACACAACACACUGCGAAACUAAAAAAAUCCUUGAAAGUCAAAACACGUUCUGGACGGAUAUCUCGACCUCCCAAGUAUAAAGCUAAAGAUUAUAAAUUCAUAAAGACGGAGGACUUGGCCGACAGUCACCCCUCCGAUUCUGACGAUUAUUCAGAGCUGAGUGUGGAAGAAGACGAAGACCAGAGGGAAAAGCAGGAGCUCUUUGAUUUAUCGAGCUGCUCCCUGAGGCCCAAAGCCUUUAAGUGUCAGACCUGUGAAAAGUCGUACAUAGGAAAGGGGGGUCUGGCCCGACACUUGAAACUUAAUCCAGGUCACGGCCCCCCGGAGCCUGAGAUGCUGCCGUCUGAGAAAGCCACCGCCGGGAGCCUGACCCCGGGCCCCUCGGGGGGCAGGAGCGCCGGCCUGGCAUCCCGGGGGCUGGCCAUGCCAGCUCUACGUGACGGAGGGGCCCGGUCUGCUAGGGGUGGCCUGCAGAACGGCCAGUCCAUAGACGUUGAAGAGGCUUCGAUGUCUGAACCAGAAAGUGGAAGUUUUUCAGCCCUUUUGGGAUCGGAGAGACACCCAGGAGCUGGAAGAAGUGGCUGCUCCGUGGCCCCUGCAGAGCCCUGCGAGGCUGUCCUGGAGCAGAGCCGAGCGGCUCGCCCGAGUGUGGGUGCCUCGGCAGCCGGUGUGCAGAGCACGGCAAGGAACAGAGCCAGGCUCCUGGAGUUUCUCCACCAGUGUGACCGGGCGGAUCUCGUGGAAUUGGCUCUGCCUCAGCUGGCUCAGGUCGUGACCGUGUACGAGUUUCUUCUGAUGAAGGUUGAAAAAGGGCAUCUAGCAAAACCUUUCUUCCCAGCUGUAUACAAGGAAUUUGAAGAGCUGCAUAAAAUGGUUAAGAAAAUGUGUCUAGAUUACCUCCAAAGUUCUGGCCCCUGUUCUCAGGAGACCCUGGAAAUAAACAACAACAAGGUUGCCGAGUCCUUAGGAAUCACAGAGGAACUCCUGAGGAGAAGAGGAAUUCACGCGGACGGCCUUGCACCCGAGCGCAGCCGCGGGGAGGUGGACACGGGGGAGCCGGAGGCACCUGGCCGGCGGAAGAGGGAGGAUGAGACUGCAGAGGAGGGGCUGCCAUCAGUGAAAAGGGCCAGACCAGGAACUCGGCCCCGGGACACCCCUGAGCGUUCUGCCCCCGGCGGAGGCCUGCAGGCGCAGGCCGCCUGCACCCCAGCUGCUGGCGAAGGUCUUGCCCCUGGGGGAAGUGGGGGUGCCUGUCACCCCUCUGAAGAAAGCCCCACGCGGCCGACUUCUGAGCGCGAGAGCAGCGCAGCGCAGGCCGGCCAGCAGCUGAGCGCGUCGGCUGACUCCGCGGCGGGGAGCGGGCCCGCAGACGCUGCUGUCCCCAGCCUUUUCUCUCGGUUAGGAGGCCCGGGGACACCAGCCUGGGAGCACUUGCCAGAGCGCGACACGAGGGACAGUCUGGGCAGCGCCUCGACGGCCCUGCUGCCUGGCAGGUCUGGAAAUGCAGCGGCAGGAAAGCCCCGAGAGAUGCUCGACCCCCACCUGAGCGAGGUCCUGCUUCCGGGGGCCCCUCCGCUGGGGACAGCCUGGUCUGUGGACAUCGUGCCAGCUGCCUGUGCCUGCAGCCCUGUGUCCCAGCCCGGGCUUCAGCCCAGCCGGGGCGGAUCGCUGUGUGCCACAGGGGGUCUCGGGAGCCACGAGGGGGACAUGGACCAGUCCCCCUGCGGCACCGAGGCCCAGGCCGACCAGAGGGGACUGGAGAGCAUCGUUGCCAUCGGGGAAGCCAUGGCUUUUGAAAUUUCCAGCGGGUGCCAUGAGGUGUUGUCUCAGGGACAGGGGCAGGUAUUUAUUCAGACCUCCGACGGGCUUAUCCUGUCCCAUCCAGGCUCCAUCGUGUCUGGGGAGGGGGACAUAGUCAUUGUGACGGAUUCAGACGGGCCUGCCCUGCAGAUGGGCCCCCCUGAACCCGUGGAGGCAGCGCCCUCACAGUGAGGUGGAGUCAGAACUGCAGGCUAGAUUUGUAUGUAUUUUGUCCAGAGAAGGUCUAUUUCAAGGAAUGUAUAUUUUUCUAAUGUGAAUACUGGCAAAAGUGAACAUUUUAUUUAUAAAGAAUAUUGCCUUUCUACCCCUCCGUCUACCGUUUUCUCCGUCCUGCUCGUUGUAAUGAUGGCAUGUGCUACCUGACAGUGGAUCCCGCAGCCCCUCUCACUCGUCGCGUCUCUCGACAACCACUGCCGUUGACAUUUGGUUACUGUCGAUCGAUUGUCUGCCCUGCUCUCCAGUCCCCAAAACGAUGUCCCUUUUCUCCUCGCUAUGUCCUGCUUUUUCAGCAGACUUGGUCCAUACUAGAAGCUUCUUCUGGUUCAAUAAAAAAAUAUGGAAGCUUG